CAAGAAAACCACAAGGACUAAUAUAUUAGGCUACUGAAAACCCAGUAACUUUUGGUUCCAAUUACCAAAAUGACCUUGAACUCGGAGUCGCCGUCAACGAGCAACCGAGACUGGUUUUUCCCUUCACAAUCGUUCAACGUUCCCCGAAGUCCGGCCCGGAGAUUCUUUUCUCCUUACCCUCGAACGACGACCUCCUUCCAGAAUUCUUCUUCAAAUUUUACUUCGCCUCUGGCUGUACCCCGAACUUUACGACGCCGUAUUAGUCACCGCCGCCGGAUUCAGAACUCUGCUGGUGCUACUACAGAUGAAAUCGGCGGAAAUUCAAACGAUGCCGUUCUCAUCCAGUCGGAGGACUGUCCAAGCUCCGGUAACAAAAGGACAACGUCGGCUCAUAAGAAAUAUACCGACUUUGUUCGUUGGCGAAUGGCGUGCGUUAUUGCAAUGGUGGUGAUGUGCUUUACAUCUCUUCUGCACAAAAACUUUUCUUUGCAAUAUCAAGUUAGUGAUUUGCAGGAUGAGUUUUCAACGCUCAAUGCCAGAUUGAGACACUGCAACAUUUCAGAUUCUAUUGACAUUAUUGACUCAACGCCAGAACAUAAUAUUUCCAGUGCAAGUUUAAAAAUUACGGCAUUGAUUCUCUCACUCAUGAUGUUGUCCCUUCCUCUUGUUUUUAUUAAAUAUAUGGAGUAUAUCUCCAACGUUAGAAGACAGUUGGACAAUACGACGGAGGAAUUAUCUCUGAACAAGCGGCUAGCUUACCGGGUGGAUGUAUUCUUAUCGUUUCAUCCUUAUGCUAAACCACUAACCUUGUUAAUUGCCACUUUGCUCCUGAUUUCUCUUGGUGGCUUAGCACUUUUUGGCGUGACAGAUGAUAGCAUAGCAGACUGCCUUUGGUUAUCAUGGACAUAUGUUGCAAAUUCAGGAAAUCAUACUAAUUCUGAGGGCAUUGGUCCUCGUCUAGUGUCAGUUUCUGUUAGUUUCGGUGGAAUGCUGAUAUUUGCCAUGAUGCUUGGACUAGUUUCUGAUGCAAUCUCAGAGAAAUUUGACUCACUCAGGAAGGGAAGAAGUGAAGUAGUUGAGCAGAAUCACACACUUAUACUUGGUUGGAGUGAUAAGCUGGGAUCAUUGCUGAAUCAACUCGCAAUAGCUAAUGAGAGUUUGGGGGGUGGAACAGUUGUAGUCAUGGCUGAGCGAGACAAAGAAGAGAUGGAACUUGAUAUUGCUAAAAUGGAGUUUGAUUUUAGAGGAACUUCUGUCAUAUGUAGAAGUGGAAGCCCCUUGAUUCUGGCUGACCUGAAAAAGGUGUCCGUCUCUAAGGCUCGUGCAAUAGUUGUCCUUGCUGAAGAUGGGAAUGCUGACCAGAGUGAUGCCCGUGCUCUGAGGACAGUUUUAAGCCUGACAGGAGUAAAGGAAGGUCUUCGGGGGCACAUAGUGGUUGAACUCAGUGAUCUUGAUAAUGAGGUUCUUGUGAAACUUGUUGGUGGAGAUCUUGUUGAAACUGUGGUGGCUCAUGACGUAAUUGGGCGAUUAAUGAUCCAAUGUGCUCGACAGCCAGGCCUUGCACAGAUAUGGGAAGACAUCCUUGGAUUUGAGAAUUGCGAGUUCUACAUCAAGAAAUGGCCACAAUUUCAUGGUAUGCAAUUUGAAGAAGUCCUAAUCAGUUUUCCUGAUGCUAUUCCUUGUGGCAUCAAGGUGGCAUCAUCAGGUGGAAAAAUAAUACUGAAUCCCGAUGAUUCCUAUCUGUUGCAAGAAGGAGAUGAGGUCCUUGUUAUUGCUGAGGAUGAUGACUCAUAUGCUCCAGCACCACUGCCUAUGGUUCAGGGAGGAAACUUGCCAAAGAACUUAAUUAUUCCAAAGACUACAGAGCGGAUUCUGUUUUGUGGUUGGCGACGAGAUAUGGAGGAUAUGAUACUGGUAUUGGAUGCCUUCUUAGCGCAUGGGUCAGAGUUGUGGAUGUUCAAUGAAGUUUGCGAGAAGGAAAGAGAAAAGAAGCUAACAGAUGGUGGCCUAGAUAUUAGCCGGCUGGCAAACAUAAUACUGGUAAACCGCGAGGGUAAUGCUGUGAUACGGCGACAUCUAGAAAGUCUUCCCUUAGAAUCAUUUGGCUCGAUCUUAAUUUUGGCUGAUGAGUCAGUGGAAGAUUCCGCAAUUCAGGCAGAUUCCAGAUCACUUGCCACAUUACUGUUAAUACGAGACAUUCA